AUGAAGAUUCUCGCAGCUUUCACCAAGCAUUUUGUUCCUUUUUUUGGCGUCUACUGGAUGUCACUGGAGCAUGUAUGUGACUGGGAAUUGUCACAAAUCAUCGCCACUGCAUUCUUCGGACCAACGCUAGUUGUGACGACGUGUAAUAUGCGCUUUUUCCGCCGUCAGAGCAUCGGGUUCUGGUUUGUCUCGGACCAGGCUGCUUACGUCCCCGGGUUCCCCGGUAGCAAUUGCGAGCUAGGUAAUGCGAUUAAGAUCUUAUACUUUGGGGAUUCUGAAAGUAUGAGCACAAGUCAAGCGUCUUCGCAGGGAAAUACGACGAACCAAGCUCGCAUCGAAAGACUUGAAACCCUUCGCCGCAUGCCACUUAACGACCUUAAGCAAGCUACACACACACACACGGCAGCAAAUAUGCACUCCGUGAGCUCCGUAGAGCAGUAG